CGUGUGUUCGGGGAAUUUUAUUUAGCUAUUCAGCUCCACCACGAACAGUUCGCGCUGCUGUGGCUGCCGUCUGUGCUGGGAUCAAAAGCGGAAAGAAAAGUCGCACGCUCGGGCUGUGCCGUUGGGGUCGUGAUUUUCCUUACUCGCAAACGAGAAAAAAACAGGCUCCGAGAGGUCUUUCAUCAUCCCCCGGCUGCGUCGUUCCUUCUGCGGUCUGUCCUUCCGCUCCGGCAUUAAAUGUGUGCGAGCGCGUGUGUUGAAAUUUAAAGUGCAAGUGCAAAUUUUAAAAAGUGCGUAGUGUGUGUGUUUGCUCCCGCGAGUUCACGUGUGUGUUUGUUCGGUGUGUGUGUGUGCAUAUUAACGGUGUUUAGCAGGAUUCGACCUUCAUCCGCCUGUUGCUGUACCGGCUGUUUAAAGUUCUUAUCAAAGUGUGCGUGCGUGUGUGUCUGUUUAUUUUUUUGUUAGUUUAAUUUGUUGAUUUUAUUUCGCGAGCGCCAAGUGCAUUACGGUUCAACACCGCCAGUAGCUUGCAAAAGAGAAGAGGAAAAGUUUUUUUUUGCAAAAGGUUGAUUCGUUGUACGGCAACAAUAAUGGCAGUACCGAAGGCGGCCGGCAACGGGGCGUCCCUGCUCCGUUCCUGUCACAUGCUGUUGGCGCGGGCCGAAGGACACAGGGGUGGUGGUGCCCUACUCAACAGCUUAGCUAGGAAUCAAUCGUGGAGGAAGGAGACAGCACUGAUUGUAUGCGCCAGUCGCCGGUACUCCACCACCGCCACAGUAGCCGCCAGCGGCGGAUGCAGCAAUCGAGGCCCCAGCAGAAGCACCCGAAAACCCAGCAUCAUCAUCGACGGUGGUGUCGUCUGCCGCGCAAACAGCAGCACUUCCAGCAACAGUGGUGGUGCCGUGAGCAGAAGACAUAUUAGCAGCAGUAGCACCAGCAGUAGCAGCAGUGCAUCCAGCACCAACACCAGCAAUGCUCCCGAAGAAGUAAGCGUGCGGUACUAUCGCGGACUGCCCCACGUCACCGUGCCACUGCCCUCGCGGAACGAGCGCUGCCAGUUUACGCUGCGACCGGUAACGCACUGUGUAGGCGACUUUCUCGACAUGCUAAAGGUGGAGGACCGUGGCAUCGACCGGGCGGCCAUUCUCAAUCGCGAAGGCGUCCGGAUAGCGGCCGCCUGCUCCAUCGAGAACCUGAUGGACGACGAGUUUUGGUUGCAUCUGAACGACCGACAAUACUACGUUAAGCCACCGAAGCGUGAAAAAAUUACCUCAGAAGAAAUCACUAGACUAGGCGACGUACAGGCACUCGUGGCACAGCUGUACGAGGCGCUGCACGUGGGCGAACAUCAGGUGCAGAAGGAGCGCGAACUGAACGGCAAGCUGGAGCAGUUGAACGAGAAGCUCGGCCCAUUGGAAGCGAAAAAGAAUGAACUCGACCAGAAAGCGGCCCGCAAGACGAAUGCCCUGACCUGGGUCGGGCUGGGCCUGAUGUCGGUACAGUUCGGUGUGCUCGCCCGGCUAACCUGGUGGGAAUACUCCUGGGACAUUAUGGAGCCGGUGACGUACUUCGUCACGUACGGUACGGCGAUGGCCGCGUACGCUUACUUCGUGCUAACGAAGCAGGAAUAUCUGCUGCCGGACGUGAAAGACCGCCAGCAUCUGAUCACGCUGCACAAGGCGGCCAAGAAGGCGGGCGUCAAUCUGGCCGAGUACAACGACAUCAAGCGGCAGAUCGCGGAGAUCGAGCACGAUCUGCGCCGGCUGCGCGACCCACUGUACAUGCAUCUGCCGGCGCCGCCGCCAAAGACGAAAACGUUCAGCGCAAGCGAGAUUGCGUUCGCGAAAAAGCAGCAGCAGAAGGCCAGUCUCGAGCUGCAGCAGGCCGCAGUGGCCGUCGGUGGCGAUUCGGUGCUCAAAACUAAACACUAACUCCCCCGGGGUACACACGACGUAAGGAUUGUUGUAUAGUGUUCAGCACUUCAGGGGGAGAAGAAGG